AUGCCGCGCCAGCGUCAGCUUGUCCACGCCACCCACUCACCUACAAAAGCCCGACGUGGCAGUCUCAGCGUCCGAUGGUUGCAUCCUCAACGAACGCCACUCUUCCCGCUGAUUCUGAAGCCCUCGCCUGGCAAGUUUCGCCCGCCCGCCCAUAUACGACUCUAUCUUUGCCUACUGUACCGCACUCUCCCUCAUUCGUCUCGCUGCACCACCCGCCUCACACGCACGGCGUCCCUCGACUUUCAGCGGCGCGCGUUCGACAUCAACAAGCGUCUCAAGCGCUUCGUCGGCGACCCCGUCGCGUUCCGCGCGCUUAUGGCACGCACGGGCAUGAUCCUCUCCGGGUCGUUCGCGCUCCAGUUCUUCGACAGGAACUUCUGGCCCGAGUCCGACCUCGACUGCUACCUCACCGUGGACUACGACGCCGCCGAGGUCGGCGCGUUCCUCAUCCGCGCGGGAUACCGGUUCUGUCCGGGCCGGCUGCAGAGCAAAGACUUCCGGGUCAACAUCAAGGCUCUCGUGGAAGAUAUCGUGGAAAAUAUGAAGGAAUCCUGCGAACCGGAAGACUUUUUGGAGAGCGAGCACGAGAAGACCUGCGAAGGGUUCGCUUCGGCCGUGGGGCCGUACGGCAUCCGCUGGGUCCGCGCCGUGUACACGUUUGAACGGGGAACGGGCGACGACGCGCGGAAGGUGCAGCUCAUACUUUCUCGCUUCUCUCCUUUCGCGUCGAUCUUGAAGUUCCACUGCACCUGCGUCAUGAACGUGAUCACCCACAACGCGGCGUACUGCCUGUACCCGUACGCAACGCUGGAAGCUCGUAGCGCCUUGGACCUUGGCGAGCGCACCUCCAAACAAGUGGAAGCCUUCAGCAAGUACUCCCGCCGCGGCUGGCGCAUUCUCACCAACCCGAGGGACACCCAUCGCAAGGUUGAAGACGCCUACGCCCCUUUCUUCGUGGACGCCCCCCGCUUUGUGUGCGACGCGAAGUCGUGGACGAUCCCCUUCGCCGACCCGAUCAGCUGGGACGCCACCGCGGAGUGCGGGUGGGAGCUUGAGUCGGGAUUCGCGGAGAUCCGGUGUCGGUUCACGGCGGUCAAGGCGCCCAUCUUCCGCUGGCAAUACACGUCCCCGAACGGGGACCACUGCGAACUUGUGGAAGAGUUGAUAGAAAGGGGUGGUGGAGGUCCAUGGUGUCGGUCGGGCUGGGAACACAGGCACGGUGGCAACCGUGCAUCGACGCGGUGGGACAAGGAGCUUCCGCGGCUGCGGGAGAGGUUCUUGGACCCGGUGGAGGAAAGCUAUUCUGACAUGGAGGAAUCAGAAGACAUCUUCGCCCACUGCACCGCAGUCUCGCUCGCGCGCCUUGCGUCCACCGGAAGCGACGCGCGCGAUGCAUCCUCCGAUUACGGCCGUCGCGCGUUCAACAUCAACAAGCGUCUCAAACGCUUCGUGGACGACCCCGCUGCCUUCCGAUCCCUCAUGGCGCGCACGGGCAUGAUCAUCUCCGGAUCGUUCGCGCUGCAGUUCUUCGACCGGACGCUGUACGAGGAGUCGGACCUGGACUGCUACGUCUACUUCGAUCGGAGCAUCUUCCAAGUUGGAGCCUACCUCAUGGGGAUCGGAUACGUCUACAAGCCGAGCAAGCACCAGGUGGAGGACCAGGCGUUCGAAGAAGACGUUGCUGCGAGAUUUUUGGCCAACUAUAUCAGGUUCGAUCCCAGCGAUGUCCCACAGUGGCCCAACGGCGUUCGGCCGAAGGGUCACAGACUGCCCCAGGAUAUCGACGAAUGCGAAUAUGGAGAUGGCACGGUCGGCACGUACACGUUUGAGCGACGGACGGGAAACGGCGCGACACGCAAGGUGCAGAUCGUGAUCUCACGAAACGCGCCGUUCGAGGCCAUCCUCGGCUUUCACUCCACCUGCGUGAUGAACGUGAUCACCUACAACGUGGCGUACGCACUGUAUCCGGUUGCCACCUUCGAACACCGUCACGCUGUCGAGCUCGCUACAAAGGAAGGCCCGUAUACAAACGAAUCACCGGCCACGCGCCAAGCCUUAGCUAAGUACGCUGAGCGGGGGUGGAAGAUCCUUCCGAAUGUCAUGAAUCGGCUCGACCCGGUGCCAUAUCACGCUUGGGUGGACCCCCGGAAGCACACUCCGACCAGUCAUACGCAAGGAUACUCCCUCGACACGAACCGAUGGGUAUGCGACGAGAAGUCUUGGAAGUUCGCUUCGACAUGA